UGUUGCGUGCGUCUAAACGCUGACGGUCCGCAUCUCGUGAAUCUCGUCCCGGAAUACGGAAAUCGAGCGCGAAAAUCUCGGAUCCACGCUGCGUCUACGAUGGACAGCGACGUCCGCGUGAUUGACGUGAGUAUGGACAUGGAUACGGUUCCCUUGGACCCGUCGAUCGAGAUUAUCGACAACCUGGAGCCGGAGGUGAUCGAGCUGGACAGCAGUUGCGACACGGUGGCCACCACCUAUGCCGACUCCAAAAGUCCGGUUUACGACUCUGCCGAACGCGUCCCGUCCCCGGACUGCGAGAGGCUCGAGACGUUGAUUCGGCAUCGGAGAGAUACGCAAUCGGUUCGGUCGAACGACGUCGAUGCGCUACCCGUCUUUAAGGUUAUGUUUCGCGACGAGAGUGUCUCGAGGCGAUAUCGGCAACCAGUAAAAGACUUUUUGCGCGCUUUACUGCGAAAGAAACUCCCUUGUAAGAAAGAUGUAAAUGAAUCAAAUCUGACUUUAGAAAUUUGGGAUGAUGAAGUCGAUUACAAAGAUGAAGAAGUGCUUGAUGUAGAAAAUGAAAGCGCUCUGAACGACAGUGUACAAUGCGACGAUGCGCAAGAUUCUCUGUUUACAAUUGAUAAACGACCGAAUGUAAAGAAUGAUUUGGAUAUUCCGACUUAUGGGCAGAAAUAUGAGAGUACAUUUGAGGAAAACCGUGAGACGCCAAAAGAUUUAAUGCCAAAAUUAAAUUGUUUCAAUUGUAAGGGAAAUCAUAAUUUGCGAGAUUGUUCGUUGCCUAAAAAUCAAAGCAAUAUCAAUAAAAAUCGUAAAGAGUUUGCUGCAAAAUACAGUGCGGGAGUCCGAUAUCAUAUGAGUGAAGAUCAAAGAUUUAGUCAUAUGGUUCCUGGUCAGUUGAGUCAAAAGCUACGAAAGGCUCUUGGACUGAAAGACAAUCAACUACCUAAACACAUAUAUAGAAUGAGAUUACUUGGCUACCCUCCAGGGUGGUUGGAAGAAGCACGCUUGCAACAUUCUGGUUUGUCGCUCUUCAAUUCUGAUGGAAUAGCGGAAAGUGACAUAAAUAAAGAAGAAGGCGAGAUCAUUACAAACGUAAAUAAAGAUCAAUAUGACGUAAAAAGAAUAUAUGACUUCCCUGGCUUCAACGUGCCACCUCCUCCUGGUACCGCAGACGAUAGCCACAUGUAUUGGGUACCGCAGAUGCAAAUCAUGCACAGUAAACAGAUGAUGUUAUUGAAUCUGCAAGGUAAAGAAGCAGACGAUGGUUACAAACGGAAAAAAUUAAAAUUACCUCCGCCAGUAAAUAGUGUAAAUAAUGUAGAAAUCAGUGAUAUGGAUAUAGAAGAUACAGAAGGAGAAAAUAUUGUGGAGAAUGUGUCUCUUAAUGGACAUUUUAUAUCACCAUUGCCGAAAGAUUCAGUGCAAGUACCACCAGUACAACCAGUACCACCAUUACCACCACUACCACCGCCACCACUACCACCACCACCACCACCGUCAGAAUGGUUACAUCAAACAACAGACGAUUCAGACUCGCAAUCGCAAGAAUUGCCUUCCUUCGAUUUUGCGGACGACACUACAUCGCUCACAAAUUCGCCAUCCUUAUCUGAAUUAGAGAGAAGGAAAAAACUAUUACUUAUGGAAAUCGAAGAGACAAAUUCGCAGUCUAAUUCUGAUUCCGUUUCAAUUAAAACCGAUUCGAAUUCUUUGUUUGUGUCGGAAACGCCAUUUUCCAGUAUAACAGUUACGCCUUCUACCUCGAGAAGAUCUUCAAUUCAAGAUUCUAUAAAGUCGGAUUUACAGUGCUGUCCCGAUACGUCACUUAAAAAUGAUUUUAAUACUACACUGAACACGUUAAUUUCCGAUAAAGUGCCUCAAUUUAAUUCUACUCCAAUUCGUCUUACUUCGCAGAAAUCUUCAGAUACAAAUCAAGCUUCUGUCAAGUCAAUACAUUUAGGUACACCGAUAUUGCCAAGUACAUCUCCGUAUAAUAAACUACCGUCGUCGGAAAAGUUUUCCAAGGACAUUUGCAAUGUUAUUAACUUUGAAAAUUUGCCUGAUUCAACGGGUAAAUAUGAACAAAUGUCGGGAGUCUUGCAAAGAGUUAGAAGCACUAUGGCAAGAUUACACGAAUAGGAAUAGAUUAUUUAAGAAUUGAUAUAGCCCUCUGUAAGUACAGGAUAUUUAGAUAUGCAAAGAUCAAUGAAAUCAUUAGUUGAGAUUAUUAAAAAAAAGUAAUAGGACACGACUUAAAAAUUUAUUUUUUUCUUUUUUCUUACCUAAUAUUUUUAAAGACAUUGAUAUCUUAUUAUAAAUAGCUAUUUUUGGAUCUAUAAAUGUCUGUAAAUAUAAGAUUGAUGUGUUCACGAACAUUAUCUAAAAAUCUCAAACACGCGGUUUGCAGACUAAAUCACGAUUCAUUAUUAGUAUGUACAAACUAUGCUUCACUGGUUGACGCAGUAGAAUUCUAUAUUCAUCUCCUUUUGAGCUUCUCUAGAAUUCUUUUUCUUUAUAUUGAUUGUAAGAUAAUAGACUUUCUUACUGUCAGACUUCUUUGAAACUACUGUUCAGACAAGUUACUCGGAUGUGUCAUGUCAUCUUUAUAAAUUUUGACACAAAAUUUGAAAGUAACGUUCUUGAAACAAAACUAUCAGGAAGUGUUUAAAAAUGAUCGACUUUUUUUCUUCUAAACGUAUAUGUUUCCUUAGAGAACAGAUACAGCAUUUUCUUGUUACUCCUUGAUAUUUCUUCUUUUCUUUUCAUUAUUUCUCUAAAUUCUCCAAAUUCAGACUUAAUGUGAAAAUCUUAUCAUGAAAACAGGAGAUAUCGUAUCCGUUUUGUUUCAAUUUACUGCUUCAGAUCAGAAAGCAUUUCAACUUUUUCUUAUUCUUUGAUUGUGGCCUGUAUGACGUGUUCUGAGAUCUUUAGACAUAUUACAGUUAAUAAAAUGAUGUAAAAAGAA